CGUGCCCAUCGGCUGUAUAAAACACCCGACGGUGGUCGGCUUGCCAUUCUCCAUCACUUGACCAACCGUCAGCAUGAGUCUCACCGCUAAGGACAAGGACGCGGUCAAGGCCUUCUGGUCCAAGGUUUGCGGCCGGGCUGAUGACAUCGGCGACGAAGCUCUCUCCAGGAUGCUGGUGGUGUACCCCCAGACCAAGACCUACUUUUCCCACUGGAAGGACCUGAGGCCCGGCUCCGAGCCAGUGAAGAAGCACGGCAAGACUGUGAUGGGUGGAGUUGGCCAGGCCGUGGAUCUGAUCGACAACCUGACCAAAGGUCUCCUGACCCUCAGCGAGCUGCACGCCUUCACCCUGAGAAUAGACCCGGCCAACUUCAAGAUCCUUUCUCACUGCAUCCUGGUGGUCUUCGCCAUGCAGUUCCCCGACGACUUCAGCCCCGAGGUCCACGUGUCCAUGGACAAGUUCUUGGCCGCCCUGGCUCGCGCCCUGGCCGAGAAGUACAGAUAAAACCUCGGGAGCAUGUUGACCAACAGCGUCACAUGUUUGUCUGGAAACUAAUAAACAAGUGCAUCCA